AUGCCCCUGGGUGACCAUCUCACAGCAGCAACCAGGGAAAAAAUUCUGAGAGGUGAAUACGUGGAUGUAUUCAGCCUAUUAUACAGAGAACUUGAGAAAAAAUCAAAGGACGAGCUUGACGAGAAGGAUAAAGAGAAACUCAAGCGUCGUAAAGUUGAUCGAACGAACAACAUUUAUGCCAUAGAACUGGAUAAAGCACAUGAAAAUGAAAUUCAUUUUACCAGAAGACUGCUGUGGAAAGCCGAUGAAGCACAAGCAGAGAAAUGUCAGUCUUUCGGGAAAACUGAGGAGGAAUGCCAUAACUUUAUUAAGGUUCUUGUGAAAAAAAAUGAUAAUGAAUUACUCAUUUGUGGGACAAAUGCCUUUGAGCCAGUAUGCAAGUAUCAGAAGGUGGAGACACUUGCAUAUUUAGGAGCACCAUUCAGUGGACGGGGCAGGUGCCCUUUUGAUGGAAAGGAUCGCAAUAUAGCAUUCUUUUCAGAUGGAAGUUUGUAUUCUGGCACUAUGACCAACUUCCUAUCAACAGAGCCUGUCUUUCAGCGGACCCUCGGAGACCUUCCAGAUCUGCAAACAGCUAGUCAAGAUUACAACUGGCUUCACGAGCCCCACUUCAUCCAUGCAGUGGAAUAUGGCAACUAUAUUUACUUAUUCUUUCAUGAAGUAUCACUGGAAUUCAAGAACUAUGAUAAGAUAAUUUUACCCAGAGUAGCUCGAGUUUGCAAGAAUGACAUGGGAGGAAGUUUAAUUCUCCAGAAACAGUGGACUUCCUUCCUGAAGGCCCGAAUGAUCUGUUCAGUUCAUGGAGAUAGCCCCUUCUAUUUUAAUGUACUGAGAUCGGUUACAGACAUUGUCAGAAUCAAUGAUCGGGAUAUUGUUGUGGCAGUCUUCGGUACUCCUAAAAACAGCAUCCCUGGCUCUGCUGUCUGUGCUUUUGAGAUGCAUGAUAUUGAGAAGGUAUUUGCGGGGAGUUUCAAACAGCAGAAGGAUUAUGACACCAUAUGGACUCCAGUUAAUGAAGAGGAUGUACCCAGUCCCAGGCCUGGUUCCUGUGCUGGCUCUGAACCCUUUGAAGAGUACACAUCCUCCACUGAAUUUCCAGACAAUGUUCUAAAUUUUAUGAAAAUGUAUCAUCUCAUGGAUGAAGCAGUGCAAUCAACUUUCACCAAACCAUGGUUUCUGAUGUCAAUGACCCAGUAUCAAAUGACCAAAAUUGUUAUAGAUACUUCUGCUGGGCCAAAAGAGAACCAGAUUGUGGCUUUCCUAGGAACAGAGAUGGGCAGAGUUUUAAAAGUCUGGGACAGAUCGGGAAAUGGUCCUCUUCUGAGUGACAGCAUUUUGGUUGAGGAGAUGAAUGUUUACAAGCGUGAUAAGUGCGACUAUAAUGAUGAGGAACAUCCAACUAUUGUGAGCAUGGAGCUGGACAAGUUGUCUGGUGCCCUUUAUGUAGCAUUCCCAAACUGUGCCAUAAAGGUUCCCCUGGGAAGCUGCGUGCUUUAUGGCACAUGCAAAAAGGCCUGCAUAGCUUCUAGAGAUCCAUAUUGUAUAUGGAUGUCAGCAACUGGAGAAUGCAAGCAGCUUGUACCUGGAGAAGACGAUGAAUAUGAGCAGGACUUAGAAGAAGGUGAUGUAAGCGGCAUGGAUGACUGUUAA